UGUGUUUGCCCACAUGAUCAUGGGUGCAACGGUGGUCGAAGGUGAGCCACACGGUGGCGUACCUUCAUACAUGCCACCUUCAUUGGAAUUUUCUGGCCUUGAAGGCCAAACUGAGGCCAUGAUCAUGGAUCAAAACAAUCCAUUCAAGGUCUUAAUUGAUCAAAAAAAAGUGCAAAGUCCAAACAAGGAAAAAUACCUGUUGGGUAUGAAGGUUUGGCUGCAGACCCAGAUGGGAAUUCAGCGUGUGGGACAACACCUUCCCCAACUGAACGGCACUGUCCCCUUACCUGAGGAGGCUGCGUUAGCGGCUGCUGCCUGCCCCUCUGUGGUGGAUGACGGCUGGACAUCAUUCAUGUUCAGCAUGAUCCAUCGGAUGGUGACGGAGGAGAACGGCCGAGCUGAGCUCUGGGCCACCGUGCUCCAGUUUAAGGAGCAGGCCCUCGUCCAGGAAGCCCAAGCCAAACUCGACCUGCUGUCCUGCCAACCAAGGUGUGGUGAAGAGACAGGUCAAGGCCCUCUUACGGAGAGUAUUCGUGUGACCUCCCAGCUGAUGCACCAGCAGGCCCAGAUGAAGAAGCUUAUUCAGGCCACUCAGGCUGCAAGCGAGGACAGGAAGAUGCUCCUGAAACACCUGGCCGACCUCAAGACCCAGAGAGCAUCAACCAUUCAGCUGCAGAAGCAAGCUGAGGUCUACCGAAAGGAGGCCCAAAUGUCUGAGUCUGUCGUAGAGACCUCAGUUCUGCAACCUGGUCAGAUGCAGCGAACAGACCUGAAGGCCCCGGAGGCCAGGCUGGUCUCCCCUGCAGCAUCUGCUCCUGACCAGGACACUAAGGUCCUCUACUCUGAGGUGCAGGAUACUGAGGACCAGACCUUUGAACAAGAUCUGAGUCUAAAGGUGGCGAUGGGAGAACACCAGGAGAAGGUGGACAAGUCCUCAUACGAAAAUGAUAAGUAUGAAGAGCUCUCCACAAAGGAUCUUUAUGACCUGCUUUUGGCUAAGCAAGGCGAGCUGGAGGAGAUCUUCCAGAAGAACGGCACUCUCCGUACUCUGUCUCCGAAGUAUGAGGUGGCUUCUCAUGAUGCUGCAGUGAUGCCGGACGACACAGAGGACAGUGACCUUCAGUACAAAGACGACUUUGAGUCCGGCGAGGAUGAGGCUGAGACCUGCUCGUCCCUCAGCAGCACUGAUGACUGCGUAGAGUUUCUGCUCACUGACAGUGCCGUGUCCGCUGCGGAGGAGACACGCCGAGUCUCAGCCCAUUCUGACCAGCAGGCGUUGGGCCAGCUUAACCGCGAGGACAAGGCCGCCCCCUCCAACACCAGGGCUCAGGACCAAGCCUCCUGGAGCACUAAAGCUGGGCAGGCGGGGUCAAAGGUCACGAUCCCCACCAGACAGCUGCAGGUGCAGGCCCUUGACACGCCGCACCACCCGGGCAAGGUGGAGAUGCUCGUGCACCACGCCGUGCAGGAGAUGUGGCAGAGCUUUGAGCUUGGACAAGACCCAAAGGAUCUCUCCGGAGUCCGAACCCCCAGGCCAUCGGAGCAGUAUCUGGUGAUGGAUACCCCUGGACAAGCCACAAACACCAUCAGCAGACGCAGUUACAACAAGCUCAUCUUUGAUCUGUCCUGGGAGACCCUUCAGGACCUCUGUGCCAAAGACCCUACCACACAGCCUGUGUGGAAACAAAUUCAGCCUGAGCGCCGUAACUAUGUCAACAAGCUGAAAUCCUUUGAUGGCCUUUCAAAAGUCCAGCAUUACAUCACUGAGGAAGUCUUCAAGCGUUGUGGCCUCCAGGAAGGAAAAGAUGCAGGGGCUUAUGGGAAGGUUUUUGCCCACAUUUUCAAAGGCCUCAAUAUGGAGAAAUAUGAUCAGAUCUUGAUCAAAGACAUACCUGUGGAGGAACACCAGUGGCGUGACCAAGACCGAGAGGCCUACGAUGUAAAGAACAAGUACGCCAAAGUGGUUUUUGAUCACUUAAUAGACGACACCCUCACAUGCCUGCUUGGCCUUUCAAAAAAGAAAAACAAAAGGUCCUAAAGCCCCUCCCAUCCCCUGUGCCCCCCAAACCCCAUUACUCCCUAUUAAAUGUCCUUGCAAUUGUAGUGGUACGCCUUCU